AUAAAAAAAAAAAAAAUCCCAUUUCAUCAAAAUCGGCGCCUCACAGACUCCAGUCCAAUUGCUCCGCUUUUGACCCGCUCGACUUGCCGGCGAGUGGCCGUCUCCCCCUCGAAUCUAUACUCCCUUGUUAUCGUCCCCUUCACGCUUCUUCCAAAUCCCCCUAAAAAAAACAAUGGAAUAAGCAUACAAAAAGUCACCCAAAAAUCAUCCUCCUCUGAAAUUAGAUUAGGUUUUUUCUUCUCUUUGUAACCCAUGAAGAUUCUGGGUUAUCUAUUCGUUCUUUUGUGCAUAGCUCUUGUGCUUUUGUUUCUGCUCCGGGUGGUUUUAUUCAAGACCGGUUUGAUUUAUGUUGUCAAGAAAUGGUGGAGAUUCAUUGAGGAUUGCUUCCAUGUGUACCAGUUCUUCAAGGUGCCGGAAUUCAACGAUGGGAUGCAGGAGAAUCAGCUUUACCGGAAGGUCUGUGUUUAUCUCAAUUCUCUUGCUUCAAUUGAGGAUUCAGAUUUCACCAACCUCUUCACCGGCAGGAAACAGAGUGAAAUCGUCCUCCGUCUCGAUCCCAAUCAAGUGGUUGAAGACAACUUCCUUGGGGCGAGGAUUAGUUGGAUAAACGAAGAGGCAAGUAAGAACAGAACGUUUGUGUUGAAGAUUAGGAAAGCGGAUAAGCGAAGGAUUCUCCGGCCGUAUCUGCAACACAUACACACGGUGGCCGACGAACUUGACCAGAUGAAGAAAGAUUUGAAGCUUUAUAUGAAUGUCGGUCGUGAUCAGAAUGGCAGCAACGCCCGGUGGAGAUCCGUCGCCUUCACGCAUCCUUCCACUUUUGAGACAAUUGCCAUGGAAUCCGACCUCAAAAACAAGGUGAAAUAUGAUCUGGAGUCAUUUCUCAAAGCCAAACAGUACUAUCACCGGCUCGGCAGAGUAUGGAAGCGGAGUUAUCUCCUGUUUGGCCCAUCCGGUACCGGAAAAUCCAGCUUCGUUGCGGCAAUGGCUAAUUUUCUCAGCUACGAUGUCUACGACCUGGAUCUGUCAAAAGUCUCGGAUGAUUCGGAUCUCAAAUUUCUACUGUUGCAAACCUCGAGCAAAUCAGUGAUCGUCAUCGAGGACCUUGACCGGUUUUUGAUCGAGAAAUCAACCGCGGCGAGCUUAUCCGGUAUAUUAAACUUCAUGGACGGAAUCUUAAGCUCUUGCUGCGCUGAAGAAAGAGUGAUGGUCUUCACAAUGAACGGCAAAGAUCAAGUUGAUCCGGCGAUACUCCGGCCGGGACGAAUCGACGUCCACAUCCAUUUUCCGUUAUGCGAUUUCACGGCGUUUAAAACCCUAGCCAACAGCUGCCUAGGGCUGAAGGACCACAAGCUGUUCCCUCAGGUAGAGGAAAUUUUCCAAAGCGGCGCCAGUUUAAGCCCAGCCGAGAUCAGCGAGCUGAUGAUAGCGAACCGGAAUUCGCCGAGCCGAGCUUUGAAAUCGGUAAUCAGUGCGUUGCAAACGGACGGCGAUGGGAGGGGCGCUGCGAGUGUCGGAAGGCGGUUGUGCCACGACGGCCCGAGGAAAACGGUCGAGGAAAUUGGUGAACCGAGCGGGGUGUUCUGUAGGGAAGAUGCGUAUCCCGUGAAGGAAUUCAAAAAGUUGUACGGUUUGUUGCGGAUAAAAAGUAACAGAAAAACUCCGUCGUUUGAUCUAGCAGCUGUAGAGAAGGACGGCUGAUGAUCAACUUUGGUGUCUACGUGUUAAAUCCCAAUUGGUUGGAGGGCACCAAUAAUCCCCCAAAAAAAAAAAAGUGAUUAACAUGAAAAUAUAACGGUCCUGGGUUCGGUUCUAAGUGUAUUCUAUUUGGAAGGAGGUGGUGGUUUUUGUAGUUUAGACGGAUGAAGGAGGGUUCUUUUAUUUAAUGGAUGGUAUGUUAUCGUUCUGACUGUAAAAUAUCAUACUCUUAUAUUUAUACAUUUUUGUUCAUCUCAUAGAUUGCUUUGGAAUGCAAUUAGUGUUUAAGUAGGAUGAUGGGAUAUGUAGUUAUGUACAUAAGAGCAUUAGAUUUUGUGAUUUGUACUUAAUUUAGCAUAAUAAGGAUCAAAUUUCGGU